GAACUAUUCUUCAUACGUGGUGAAUAUGAAAUGUGUUAGUUUCAAGGAAGCUGCAGACUACAGGAAUUUGUGGAGCCUUUUCAAAUGAUCCGCCUACUCCAUUCUCGUGUUCCCAUUCCACAAUCCGCCCCCAGGAGCCUUCCUAGCUACCGCGGCGAACACUGAAAGCUUCCAGCAGAAAGAGCAUUAAAGAGAAGGUAGAAGAGCGGAAACAACAUUGAAAGCAACUUGUUUUCUGCCUCAAGACACUGCCUUCAAUGGAUCGGUCUGCAGAUUGCGCCGGCUACCGGUAGAGUCCGCAAACAUGGCUGAAUUGGGGCAGCCAUCAACAAGAACCUCUCCAACGUACCACUAUCUGACUACAUCCCAAGCUAGCAAGAGAUGAAGGAGCCAAACAAUAGACUACGUACAGUACGGUGUGCAGGUACCAGUAUUGAAAGAAACCUACAGCUUUAGUUACUUCACGGCUCUACCGUUUUAAAAUAAAAUUUAGUCUGGCCUUCUAUCCAGCCUCAGUGUUUGCCACCAACCAAACCUCAUCCUUGCUCGAGGCUCACAUUUUCUUUGGAAAACUGUUCAGCUUUCAACAUCGACCAUGGGCAACAAGAAGAACAAGAAAAAGGACCUCAAACGCACGGCUGAAAGCCUCGAUGCCGAAGGAGUUGAUAAUGACAAGGCUGAAGAAACUCCCCCGAAAAUCGAAGAAACUGCCGAGUUAAACGAUGAGGACAGGGCAAAAUCCAAAAAGGAAAAGAAGAAGAAAAAGAAGAAAGAGAAAAAGGAAGCCAAACGACGCAAACUUGAGGAGAAAAAGGAAGAAGAAGAGGAUUCGCCAGAAGAAAAAAGCAAGAAAGUACAAAAAUUUGCCAAUGAUGGUGACGAUGAUGAUGAAAUGCCUCCAAUGGACUCGGAAACAGCCCCUGAUACCGAAGACCAGGAGAAUAAUGACGAUGAGGAACAAGCCGCCGAUGACGACGGAGAAGACAAGGAAACGACAACUAGCACAAACCAGCCUAAGGAAGACGAGGAAAAACCCAACUUUUAUGCCGGCAAGGACGACGAGGCGCUCUUCACGUCCAUGCCUCUAUCAGAUAAGACCAAGGCUGGCUUGGAAGCACAGAGUUUCACUCGAAUGACACAAAUUCAAAGCAUGGCCAUUCCACCCCUACUAGCAGGCAAAGAUCUGAUUGGAGCUGCCAAAACUGGAAGUGGCAAAACAUUGGCCUUCUUAGUCCCCAUCAUCGAACUUCUUCACAAGGCCAAAUUUGCAACCCGCAAUGGAACCGGUGCCAUUAUCAUUGCCCCCACACGGGAAUUGGCCAUGCAGAUUUAUGGCGUCUGUCAUGAACUUUGCAGUCAAGGCAAACACAGUCAGACACAUGGUCUCAUUAUGGGAGGUGCCAAUCGUCGAACCGAAGCAGAACGACUGGCCAAGGGCGUCAACAUUGUGGUAUGCACUCCAGGGCGCCUCUUGGAUCAUCUGCAAAACACCAAAGGCUUCCUGUUUCGCAAUCUACUGGCCUUGUGCAUGGACGAAGCGGAUCGAAUUCUAGAAGAUGGGUUUGAAGACGAUCUACGUGCUAUUCUAAGGCUAUUACCCAAAGAACGACAGACCAUGCUCUUUUCCGCCACGCAGACGAAACAGGUAGAAGAUUUGGCCCGUCUCUCCAUCAAUCAAAAGUCCGCCGUCUUUGUCGAAGUUCCAAGUGAAACCAAGUUUGCCACUGUGGCUGGACUCGAACAAGGCUUUGUUACGUGCCCAUCCGAAAAGAGGUUCUUAUUGCUCUUUACGUUCCUCAAAAAGAACAAAAAAAAGAAAGUCAUGGUCUUCUUCUCCUCGUGCAACUCGGUCAAGUUCCACGCCGAGCUACUGAAUUACAUCGAUGUUCCUGUCAUGGACAUUCACGGUCGUCAAAAGCAAGUCAAACGCACCACAACCUUCUUUCAGUUCUGCAAACAAGAUACCGGGAUCUUGCUCUGUACUGAUGUGGCUGCGCGAGGUCUAGACAUCCCAAAGGUUGACUGGAUUAUUCAAUUCGAUCCACCUGACGACCCCAAGGAGUACAUCCAUCGUGUUGGUCGUACUGCUCGAGGUGCCAAGGGAUCGGGACGUGCGCUACUAUUCUUGACACCGGAAGAAACGGGCUUUUUGCGCUACCUCAAAGCGGCCAAGGUGACGCUGAACGAGUACGAAUUCCCGACGCACAAGGUGGCCAACGUCCAGAGUCAAUUGCAGCGACUGAUUGAAAAGAAUUACUACUUGAACCGUACCGCCCGAGAUGCCUAUCGAAGCUACAUUUUGGCCUACGCGAGUCAUUCGCACCGCGAUAUCUUCAAUGUGCACAAUUUGGAUCUUCAGGGCGUGGGCGUGUCGUUUGGAUUUACAUCUCCGCCUCGUGUCGACAUUGCAUUGAGUGUCAAAGGAGAAGCCGGAGCGAGACGGAAGCAAUACGGAAAGGGAAACAAUGCCAAAAAGAUGGGCACAUCGUCUGGUCAUGGUUUCAGUUCUUCCAAUCCGUAUGGGCAACGUGCCAAGAGCGACAAGCGCCAGUUUUCUUACUAAACCAGUAACUGUAGUAGGAACUAUUCGCAUCAGAAGUUCUGCAUUUCCUGACAUUUACUGUCACGAAUAUCCAUCUGUCAUAGGCAAAUAUGGCGCUUUGUUGAAUCAAUCCAAAUGUGAUCAAACCACACGGUUUCCCGGCUUUUUCUUUAGGUAGAAGACUUCUACAUGAUAUAUUUCAAUUUCAUAUUUGUGCUUAU